CAUAUCAGUGAGUAGUAGGCUUUCUAGAGGCAGUCUCAGCAAGAAAAUUCCCAACAGCAAAUGGAUUUGGAGGCAAAGAAGGGCAAGCUCAUCCAACAAUUUAAGUAAGCUACAAAACCUACAUUGAGAACUACCUGAGGAUAUGGAAAUGGCUAGUUUCACAUCAAAAUGUCUUCCUCAAAAUGCUGCUCAACCUUCACGACCUGAUGGGCCAAGGUACAACACCAACCCUCAGGCGGUAAGCAGCCAGCAGAGGGGCUAUAAUGGCUUUGUUCCCAUACAAAACAGUUACAUGCAGCCAACUCCUGUGAUGGCUGUUCCCAGCAUGCACUUUGUACCAAUGAAUCUCCAGCCGCUGCCCCAGAGCAUUGAGACACUUUCCCAUAUCAAUGGCCAGACUAACUUUGUACCAGAGGUGAUGCUGCCCAAUGGCAUGAACAUGCGUCCUGUUGGAUUACUGAAUGGCGAGCUUUUGUACAAAGUUACAGCGCCAUCUAACAUUGCUGCUCCCCCUCCUGCCAACAUUCCCAAGAUCAAGAGGAAAACUAAAAAAGUGGAAGACCAUUUAACACAGCAAACAUAUGUCAAGAAGCCUCUAAAUGCCUUCAUGUUGUUCUCGAAGGAACACCGGCAAGCAGUCAAGGCCAAGUCUGCCUCAACGAAUAUUGCCGUUAUAAAUGAAACCUUAGGAAAGAUGUGGCAUUUGCUGCCUGAUAAAGAGAAGGCCAAGUAUUAUGAGCAAGCUGAGGAAGAGAGGAAACUUCACGCCCAGCAGCAUCCAGAUUGGUCCUGUCGCCACAAUUACGGCAAAAAGAGGUACAAUAAAAGGACCAGGGAGUGAGCUAUAGCAAUGCUGGCUUGUGACAUUGAGGAAGCCAAAAGGCGGAAUGUGUUUGAACAGGAUCUUUUCCCCCUCCUCGUCACGGACUUCAUCAACCCACACGAGUGUCACUGGGACAAGCAAAGUCUUAUCGAAUAUUUCCGUGCCAUCAAUUUGUAUCCAUAGCAAGAGAACACCAUUGUAUCCCUCAAAAGGUGAAAACGACUUUUGUGUUCUCAUGCAAAAGAACAAACGGCAAACCAUGGCUUCAUCAAGACGUUGUUUUGAGCACCCCUCGGUGUAUUUAUCAAAACACUGAUGACGUGACAUCUCAAUUUGUAAGUACCAUUAACUGCCCCACAACCGGGAAUUUAACUCGGAUUUUGCUUUGCGCUGUUACAGGAAACGAAGGUAAAUAAAAGCCGAUCGACUGUC